GUGGUCAGGGAGGGCUUUUUCCAAGAGCAGCCAAGUUGAGGAUAAAACGUGGAUAAGUGAUGCUUUGCAGAAAUUCCUGGAAGAAGGGAAAGGGAGUGCGCAGAGCUGCUUUGAAAACUCGAAGGAAAACGGGACAAAAGACCACAUCUGCUCUCUCUGCUGCACCAGAACUGCACAAGUUUUUCUUUUUCCUGCAGCUGAAGUUUCCUCUCAGCCACAUUUUCACCAGGAUCUUCAGAAGUGGGCUCCGUCCUAGUUUUCUGAAGGUAUCUGCUUUUUAAGAAUAUGCCCUCGGUUUAUGUUUUGCAUAAGAUGCCGGCUAUAUGAGCACACGUUGGAUGAUCAAUGCACAUUAAAUGGAAAAUGUAGGAACCUUAAUUUGCAGUUUUCUUAUAAUAUGAUUUUUGUUAAAGCUUGGAUUUGAUUUCAGAGGAAAGGUUAUGAAAUUCUCAAAAUAGAUUUUUUUCUAUAAUCCAGUCAGCUGACUGCCAGUUUGCCCUCAGUGAACCCACUAUUCAUGGCAGAGCACCAACCCUCCAUGUGUCUGCCCUUACAAAUUUCAAUAUUGACACAAAUUAUUCAGCAAAUCUGGUUAAAAAACUUAUUCAGAUCCUUCUGAUUAAUCUGUUUUCUCUCUCCUCCUCUCUUUGCCAGCUCCGACUAAGAAAAGCAUCUGCGCUGGCACUAGGCUUCCCUCCUACUUGAGCUCGAGAGCUUUUCCACUAUUCUUCAUCUGCAGCAUCUCCUAAGGAUGGAGCGAGGAUUCCAGUGGCUGAGAGGUGCAUCCGUGCUCCUGCUGCUCCACACCACCACCUCCAUGGUGAUGCCUCCCAACUCCACCGGCUGGGAGCAGAUUUUGGAAAAGUACCUGGAUGAGGAUGGGGACUGGUGGAAGGCCAAGCAGAGGGGGAGGAGGGCCAUCACGGACAGUGAUGCUCAGCUCAUCUUGGACCUUCACAACAAGCUCCGUGGACAGGUCUACCCCCCCGCCUCCAAUAUGGAGCACAUGUCAUGGGACACAGAAUUGGAGCGUUCAGCCGAGGAGUGGGCAGAGACCUGCCUGUGGGAGCACGGGCCUGCCAGCUUACUCCCACAGAUCGGACAGAACCUGGGUGCACACUGGGGAAGCUAUCGCCCUCCUACGUCCCACGUUCAGGCCUGGUAUGAUGAAGUCAAGGAUUACUCCUUCCCUUACCCCCAAGAGUGUAACCCCUACUGUCCGUUCAGAUGCUCCGGCCCAGUUUGCACACAUUACACCCAGCUGGUUUGGGCCACCAGCAGCCGAAUUGGCUGUGCCAUCAACUUGUGCUACGACAUGAAUGUUUGGGGCCAGAUUUGGACCAAAGCUGUGUAUCUUGUCUGCAAUUACUCACCAAAGGGGAACUGGUGGGGUCACGCACCUUACAAACAUGGAUCCCCGUGUUCUGCCUGCCCUCCAAGCUAUGGAGGAGGAUGCAAGGACAACCUUUGCUACAAAGUUGAAGAUGACAGAUCCAACCGUCUGCAAGAGGAAACAGAAGAAAACAACUUUAUUGAGCCAGAGGCCCCUCGCGGUACGAAGCCCUGGCCCCAGGCCUCCAAGCCGGAACCUCCCAGCCUCCCUGCCCCAGUCCCGGCCACCACCAAGCCCCCCAGAGAGGACAUGCAGAAGAAUGAAGUGGUCAACACACAGCAGAUGUCUCAACUUGUAACCUGUGACACCAAGCUACGAGAUCAAUGUAAAGGAACAACUUGUAACAGGUACGAGUGCCCAGCUGGAUGCCUGGAUGCAACAGGAAAAGUGGUUGGGACAGUGUACUAUGAAAUGCAAUCGAGUGUGUGUAGGGCUGGCCUACAUGCCGGUGUCAUCGAUAACGAUGGAGGGUGGCUGGAUGUGACAAGACAAGGCAGGAAGGACUUUUUCAUCAGAUCCAACAAGAAUGGGGUGGAGUCAGCUGGAAAAUAUAAAAGUGCUAAUUCCUUUACGGUUUCCAGAGUAGCAGUAAAAGCAAUUACGUGUGAAACCACAGUUGCACAACUUUGUCCAUAUGAAAUGCUGGCAAGACACUGUCCAAGGUUAUACUGCCCAAAAAAUUGUAUAGAAGAGAACCCUCACAUAUCCAGAGUAAUUGGUACUACAGUGUACUCUGAUAAGUCCAGUAUAUGUCGAGCAGCUGUCCACGCUGGAGUCAUCAGGAACGACGUGGGUGGUUACAUAGAUGUGAUGCCAGUGGACAAACGGAAAUACUACCCCGCCUCAUACCAAAAUGCCAUUUUCUCAGAGAGCCUUCAGAACCCUCCUGGAGGGAAGGCGUUCCGGGUCUUCGCUGUGAUUUGAGGAGCUUGGAGAACAUUUUUGCCAAACAUAAAAGAAGAGCCCUUGAAGCUUUGGAAAGCCAAAUUGUCAAACUCAGUGACUGAAAUUUUCAGGCUCUGUCUAUCACACCUCAAGGUCAUUCCCAUGACGGAAUAAACCCGGGAACAAACCAAUCAAAGCUACUUCCCCUCAUGUUCAUUAAUGGGAAUUUCACAAACUGUAAAUAGGGCUGAUGCAUUUGGUGUUUUUGUGCCGUAGUCUUGCCUUUUAAACAAGACAAUUUAAGCAAACAUCCUUGUACUGAUUUGCUAUAGAAAUCAAACAUUUUCAUGGCACAUAAGAACAAAUAUCCAUUUUUAAUUUGCAGUAUUUGUCACAAUUUUUUGUUGGUGCUUCAGAAUAGUUUUCUUUAUUUUCUCUGCCAUAUGUUUUAAAUACUUGGGAUAAAUUGUUACAUUUAUUUUUCUAAAUAUUUUAUGCUAUGUAUCAACAUGAAAUGUAAUGGAUGCUGCUAGAUGUUAUGAUGUAUGUGGAGUAUUUUUUAUUUUUUGUUAUUUUUUUUCCAAACUUCCUGCAGGACAUGAAGUGAGCUCAUCCUACAGAGUAGCAUUUUUAAAAACAAAGUUUCUCUCCUCUAUGUGUAUUUCAUUUUGCAGGUUGACACUACCCCCAAAAGGUCAUAUUUUACCAAGUGGUUUUCAUCGAUAAGUAAAUGCAACGCACAUUGGUUUUGUUGUUUAUCAACUACUGGGAACUUAUCUUUUUAGUACAUUUUUAAAUCCCAUUUGUGUUACUCUGUACACAUUUUCCUUCCUCAGGUAAUACUAAUUUCUCAAUAAAACAACAAAUCAUUGUCA